UUCUUCAGACACAUCCAACAGAGAAGAAAAGAAAUUGAGAGGAAAACAAGCAAACAAAAUGAAUGUGAAUGUUAUCUUAUUAGCCCUUAUUUUUUUCUUCUUCAUGUGGACAAUGUGUUUUGCCCAAAAUACCCCUGAAGACUUCCUUUCAGUUCACAAUGAGGCUCGUGAAGAGGUUGGUGUGGGUCCACUCUCAUGGAACCACACACUUGAAGCCUACGCUCAGCGCUACGCCAACGAGAGGAUCCCGGACUGCAACCUGGAACACUCGAUGGGGCCUUACGGCGAGAACAUCGCCGAAGGCUACGGCGACAUGAAGGGGUCCGACGCCGUGAAGUUUUGGCUGACGGAGAAGCCAAACUAUGACUACCACUCAAACUCAUGCGUUAACGAUGAGUGCCUGCAUUACACUCAGAUAGUGUGGCGUGAUUCGGUUCAUGUUGGGUGCGCAAGAGCUAAGUGUAACAACCAUUGGGAGUUCGUUAUCUGCAGCUAUGACCCACCCGGCAACAUUGAAGGCCAACGUCCCUAUUGAUUAAUCUGUUGCUCACUAUUCAUCUCAAAGUAAUAUCAAGUAUAUGUCACUAAAUCAAGCUGGAAACUCAAGUGCAGCGCGUCAAGUUGAUAAUUUAUUUAACGGUUCUUAACUAUCAACUUUACGUAAAAUUGAUUAUAUUUGAAUUUUCAUCCUAAAUCAAUUAUC